AUGAUCCCCAAGCAAAUCGAAGCUCCACGUCUUGUCCGUGACGAUUUUCAUGAUGAAGCGCUGAUUGACCUCACCGACAACAAAGUCGACCAACAGCAGCAGCAAAGUCUCCCUGCAGUGGAAGACAACGGCGAGACCAACAGGACACCAAAUAAUGACGGUGACAGUGCGAGCUGCACUUGGUAUGUACGAAAUACCAAAGCGCAAACCAACCCAGGAGAUAUGGGAAAGCUUAUCAUUGCCGAAUCCAGGGUUGGUCUGGGCUUUGUCCAAGCGCUACAAGCGGCAACCCAGACAAAACAGAAGAAGACAAACGAUAUCACUGGCAAGCGUAGGGAGCGCAAGUCAGUGAUUCCUCAAGACACAUGGACACAAGUGCAACAGAAGCUCCAAGAUCAGGGAAUUCAGCUCGUCAGUCGAGAAAAGGGAGGAGUCGGCGAGGGACGUACAAAAGCCACUCUCACGUACUACGGAACCUCGGCCGUAUUCUACAACCACCAAGUCAAAACAAAGAUCCGAAUGCGCAUUCGAUACUACCUCAGCUACAUUCGGAAAGAGGAUGGGUCCAUCGUUGAUGUGCAACGCGAAGGUGCCACCAAGAACAAGGGAUUUUUGGAGCUGAAGGUCAAGUCCCCUCGUGCUUUUGAAGAGAACAGUGUGGACAAGUAUCGAGUAUUGGUGCCCGACUCUUUGAUAGCUCAGCUUGUGAACCUUGAAUCCACCGAACCUAACUUCUUGCAGUCCCUGGAGGUCAUCAAGGAAGCAAUCAAGGACGAAGACACGGCCGACCAAGCUGAUGUGAUCGACACCAUGUUUGCAGUGAUGGGAAAGCUUGCCAAACGAAAGCCAUCCUUCAUCCGUCCUUCCCUCGUUGUCUCCUAUGAACGAUCCGCUUUCAAGUUCAUCGAACAAGACUAUCCAAUCCCAGUCUUCACCAAGCCAAACAAGAAGAGGAACCUCUCGGAGGUCCGAAGCUCCAAGAGGCGGGCAACGAAGCUCCCAAAACUAUCAUCUAUCCUUCAUUGGAACAAGAAACGAACAUCAAAUGACAAGAUGGAAAGCAGCAGUACACAUGCAGCAUCAGAGUCCAGCACUGACGGACAUGAAGAAGAGUACAAAGCCCUAAAGAAAGAGGGGUUGAUGUUUCGUCCCACGAAGGAGGCUGCUGACAACAACAUCAACCAUGAGCUACACGACAUUGAAUACCAGUUCACUGUCGACCGCAACGUGAGGGCGCACUACCCAUUGUUGCCCAUCGCCGGAGCAGACCGCAUGCCCAUUGCGGAGCAUUUUGACGUUAGCAACCAAACCGAGCUCAUGAAGUAUCCAUCAGAUUCCAGAGUGGUGGAGUUCAAAGAGCCCCUAGCGGUGGCUACUUUGCCCAAGAAGGACCGCAGCUGCACUCACGAGAUCUUAAUCCAGGUUCUGGUGCAAAGGAUGCAAUCCGAAAUCCAGUUUGGUGACUAUGAUGAUAACGUUGGAAAGUACGGUAAUUUCCGGAGACGACUAAUGGAAGAGCACCACACCAACCGCAUCAAGAACGAGAUGAUCCAGAUUGACUUCUCGGGCAAAGCAAAGUACGGGCUGUGA